AUGUGGUCGUUUGUUCACAUCGUUCAGAUCGGUAAGGAUCGGUAAGGAUCGUAAGGAUGGUUAACAUCGGCUGAAAUCGGUUGCGAUGGACCGCGAUGGACUAACCUAUUGUGUUAUUAAGUGAGGGAUUAUAGUGUGAGAAACGUACACUUUUACUUAAUAUUAUGUCUCUGUUUACCAAAAGAAGCACAAGGGCACUGAGGCAGCAUGUACUUAAUACACUUUGGGCAAAGGGAAGCUUGAAAUCUGAAGGCGCUGUACUGAUGUCCUUAAAUUAUGAAACUAGAUUCAGUCUUCAGGACAUUAAAACAUCAUGGCUGCAUAAAAAAAUGCUUUUCCAUUCAUCUUCUAAACAGGCCAACAAAAUAGUUUCUUUUAAUUUAACUGACAUUGGUGAAGGCAUCAAUGAAGUAACUGUCAAGGAAUGGUUUGUUAAAGUUGGUGACAAGGUGUCGCAGUUUGACAAUGUAUGUGAAGUUCAGAGUGACAAGGCCUCUGUAACAAUCACAAGUCGGUAUGACGGAAUCAUCAGGAAGAUUUAUUACGAUGUAGAUGACAUUGCAUCAGUGGGAAAACCUCUAGUGGAUAUUGAAGUGGAAGAAAUAUCAGGUGCAGUUGGAAUAAGUUUAGAAAGUGAAAGGAAAUCAACACCAAUUACAGAGGAAGAUAAAGUGCCCUUUUUGCUAGACAAGAUUCUUGCCACACCAGCAGUAAGGAGAAUAGCAAUAGAAAAUAAUAUUAAGCUAAGCAGUGUAAGUGGAUCUGGAAAGGGUGGUAGAGUUCUGAAAGAAGAUAUAUUAGAAUACCUGAAGAAGAUAUCAUCUGUAUCUGACACAAGAACUGCAUCUGAAACUAAAUGUACUACACAGGAAUCUGUUACAAGAUCUCUGGCAACAAGUGAUUAUACAGAACCCAUACAAGGCUUCAGAAAAGCAAUGGUGAAAUCAAUGACAGAGUCUUGGGACAUACCUCAAUUUGUAUAUAGUGAUGAAAUAUUUGUAAUGGAACUGGUGAAAUUAUUGCCACAUAUGAAGGAAAUUGGAAGUGCAAAAGGCAUAAAAGUGACAUACAUGCCAUUUUUCAUCAAAGCUGCCUCAAAAGCUCUUGAGAAAUUUCCCAUUUUAAAUGUAAAAGUGGAUGAAGCAUGUGAAACGCUAACUUACAGAAAAUCUCACAAUAUUGGAGUAGCAAUGGACACUUCAAAUGGGCUAGUAGUCCCAAAUAUAAAGAAUGUACAGGAACUUAGUCUUUUGGAAGUGGCCAAAGAAAUGAACCGGUUACAUGAACUGGGGAAAAAUGGUGCUCUACGUCAAGAAGAUCUGAUUGAUGGAACUUUCACCUUGUCUAACAUUGGAGCAAUUGGAGGGACGUACACAAAGCCAUUGAUUUUACCAUCUCAGGUUGCAAUUGGUGCAAUAGGAAAAGUUCAGAUUGUCCCUCAGUAUGACCUUUAUGGGAAUUUGAUCAAAGCUCAACUGGUUUGUGUGAGUUGGACAGCUGAUCAUAGAGUCAUUGAUGGAGCAACUAUGGCCAGAUUCUCAAAUACUUGGAAGAAAUACAUUGAGAAUCCUUUUCUUCUAUUGUUUGAUGCUUGAUUGCAGUUGAACAAUGGCAGUGAUCCAUAAUGGAGGUUGGUAGAAGGUAAUACUUGUAUAUUGUACACUUAGCAGGAAUAUAGCAUUGAACAAGUGUUGGAACAGUCCAGUAAAUUUGAAAAUGUAUCUUUUUGGAUUCAUACGUAUCGCCACAUGUAGGAGUCACUCUAGAUGGGGUUUGAAUUGGUAAUUGGAUUUAUUGCACACUUACACACAACUUGCAACUAAAAGUAAGUACAGUGCUAUUGCUUAUUCACACUCUGCCAUUCACUACAGCACAUGCAAAGUCUUCUCAGUCUGCUGUAUCUUCACCGGUUGUCGCCUGGCAAUGGCAUCCGAAGACGUAGCUUCCCCCUCUUCCAUGUUCAUGUCCUUGCUGGCUGGUGACUAUCUCACAACUAACUCCUACUCUUCUAACUACCGCCUGAAGACUUGCAAUCCCAUCAGCUCCUCGUUAAAUAGCCUCAACAUGGACCACACAAAAAACCUCCAAAUCUGUUGUUGCAUAACAUAGCUGUCAUAAGGACCUUGUAGAGAACUCCGCUUUGCAGUUACUGAACUCUUGCAUGUUACAAAUCUGUUAUGACCAUUAUCUAACAACGGCUGUUUUAUAGCAGCAUAUUUUGUGAUCGUUGCCUAGCAACGGGUCUGCAUGCCACAUUGCUCUACUACAGGCAUAACGCCAUUUCUUCUCCAAAGUGUGUGCUUGUAACAUCUGUGAUCGGUCUUGCCUUCCUUCACCCAUGACUUGGUUCCCAUGGUAAUUGCUCUCCAAAUGUUCCCGCUUCUCCCUCAAGGCCACUGGUCCCUAGCAGUUCCCAGAAAAGGUGUGAGCCAGUCCAGGUUUACUACCAUCAUCCUCUAUUUAGGUUCCACUAGAUUCUGUAUACCACUUCAUUUAUCCUUACCUUGCAUGGGCCCUUUCAUGAGAAUUGGAGCUUGGGCGAUUUCCCCUUCAUGUGGGUUGGACGACAGAGCCAUACUUUGUCACCCUUAUUGUAACCCACACAGUUGGCCAGGCUUUCAUAACGAGUUUUCAUCUGGUCGUUGGCUGGCUUCAGAUGUGGUGUAGAUGGUCCACUAAAUUCGCUGUGUUAUCAAUUGUGGAUCGUGAUAGUGCUUGACCAUGUCUGGCUGCAGAUGUAGGGCUGCGGUGUGCAUCUUACUGACUCCCAGGCAUUGCAAAACCUUAUGUAUCAGAUGACAAUUGAAGCAAUGGCCCUGUUCACUAUGUAGCUCCCCCCAUACUCUGAUGCGGUAGAAGUUGGUAACCAGCGCUUCCGCCACUGUCGAAGCUUCUUGGUUGGGAAUGGCGCAGGUUUCCGGCCACUCAGUAAAAUGAUCCAUAGCAAUCAGGAGGUAUCAGUUUCCUUGGUCACUCCAUGGAAAGGGCUUUGCUACAUGGAUGGGUGUCCUUUCAAGCGGGACUCCAAUGUCAUAUGAUGUAUUAGGCCCCGAUCCUGGUUCCGGAGUUGUGAUUUCCGCAUAGGUGUCGUUUCUUACCUGAAGACGCCAGUAAUGCCUUUGCAGGACCAUAUCCAGGGUUUUGACACGCAACUGACUUCCUGAUGGUCCACCAUGUAGUUCGGUCAGCACGUUAUUCACUCUGUUUCGAGGUGGAAUUGUCAGGGCUAUUUUUGAUCAUAACCCGUCGGCAGAUUCCCAGUGGCGCUCUUAAUAUGCCAUUCCUCAUGGCGAGUGAUUUCCAUUGGCCCAGUAGGUUUUGUACACGUGGCUACGGUUUGUAAUGUUUUUCCAUGCUCAGUGUUCGGUCUCUACUUCCUCCAGAAUGGGCCUUGGUCAUUUAUAGACAUGAAAGGAUACUGACAAUGAUGUAUGCUGUACAGAACUCUUUUUGUCUUAUAUAUACCA